UCGCGAGAUAAAGUUGGGCCAGGCGCACGAGCGAAGGCGUCAUGUGAGAAACGUUUGAAAGGUACGCGCGCGAAAUCUUUUGAAUCUGCACCCCCGCUUCCUGUGCAGAGACUGAGUCGUCGUCGUCGUUGUCAGUGUAUACAUACAUGUGCAUGUGUGUGUGUGUGUUUUCGUCUAGGUGAAAAUUCAGAGAAAAGACGCGUCGAAUAGCAGUGUCAGGUGGAAUUUAAUUAAUUGCUAUUAAACAGCGGCUGCCACGCCCACACUUGAACAUGGAGCACCUGCGACCACUCAGCUAUGAGGAGAUGUGCCAAAUGGAGCUGUUGCAGCCCUGCGGCACAAACACACCGCCGGCAUCUUCGGCGCCAACUAUGCUGCCUAUUAUGGUCAUACCAACAACACUGCUGGCGCCAGGAGCGGGAACAGCCGGUGCGUCGCAGCCGCAGCCUCAGGGCGGCGUCGAGCACUAUUAUCAGCUGCAACCCGCUCACAUUCUCACGGCAGGCGUAGAGGGAGCAGCAGCAUCGUGCAGCGCCGGAGUCAACGGCGAAUUGGCGCUCUUACAAGGCGGCGGCGAACAAUUCCCACACAGCAUUCAGCUGCAACAGCAUCCACAUUCCCAUUCACAGCCAGUUAACAUUCUGUGUACGGGCACACUAAGCCGCGCUCCGCCAGCGUCGGCUGCUGCGUCGGCAAUGGCUGCGUCAGCGGCGGCGACGCUGCCGCGCAGCUUUCAACCAGCCGCCUUUGUGACGGACGUGGAAAGCGACUUUGAGGGCAGCGAGUGCGGCGGAGGAGGCGCCACUACAACCUGCAUGCCACACUUUCGCUUCGGCGGCUGCGGCCUGCAGUCGGCGCACCACCAGCAGCCACAUCAGGAUGCUGUCGUUGGCUGCGGUUCGCUCUCCUUCAUGAUGGGCACGCUGGCAGCCGGCGGAGCAAUGCACGCCGGACGAUUUGCGGGCACACUGAGCCGCAACCGGCGGCCCGAGGGACACACCAAGCGCGUCUCCUUCAAAGGAGACAAUCUGCCGCCAUCACCACCGCCGCCGCCCGCCGUCGAGCUGGACAGCAACGGCCUGCCCUUACCCCUGCCAGUGCCGGGCGGUGUUGGCGCCGGCUCUUACAUGCAUUUCGACAACUACAUGGAUUACCAGACAACCGGGUUUGGCGGGCUGCCAGACGUAACGGAGCACUCGAACAUACGCCGUACACUCUCCCGCCAGAACUCGAUCUCCAACAGUGACUCAGGCGGAGAGAUUGCCAGCAUCCAGAAGUCCAAGGGCUUUGGCAGUGCGAUGACGGGCGGAGUCGUUGUUGGCAACGAUAUCGCUGGAAUCGCUCUCGAAACAAAGUCGCCCACCUCUUUGGCAACGGAAGCGGCAGCGGCAGCCGGUGCCUCCGGCAAAGCGAAGGGCAAGACUGCCCGCAAGGCCAGAAACAGCUCAGGGGCCGCCCACAAGUCGCGACGCGGCUCCUGGAUGGUGGCUCUGACCCUCGUUAGCGCCAUCUGCCUGCUGGCUAUAGCUGCUACACUGGCCUACCAACACUUUCUCAUGUCGCCCAGCCGAAACUCUCACGCACAAAGACUGCGCAUCGUUAGGCGCAUCCUACGUGAAGUACCGCUCGUCGACGGACACAACAACUUUGCCUGGAACGUGCGCAAGUACGCGCACAGUAGCCUGGAGCUGGUUCAUCUAAGCCACGACCUUGAUCACAAGUCGAUGUGGGCACGCCCGACGUGGGCGCAAACAGAUAUGGAACGGCUUAAGCAAGGACUUGUCGGUGUGCAGGUCUGGUCGGCGUACGUGCCAUGCGAGGCGCAGGGCUUGGAUGCUGUCCAGCUGGCACUGGAGCAAAUCGACAUUGUGCGGCGGCUGUCUGACAUGUAUGCCAGAGAUACGGUGUUGGCGACAUCCUCGCAGGAGAUAGUGGCCACGCACAGGCGCGGCCUCCUGGCCUCGCUGAUCGGCAUCGAGGGGGGCCACACAAUCGGCUCUUCACUUGGCGUGCUGCGCUCUUUCUAUUCGCUGGGUGCACGCUACCUCAGCCUGACGCAUCGCUGCGAUGUGUCCUGGGCCGGGUCAAGUGCCUCUCCACUGGAGCAGGGCCUGUCGCCCUUUGGCAAGGCCAUUGUGCGGGAAAUGAAUCGUCUGGGCAUGAUGAUCGAUCUUUCGCACAGCUCGGAUGCAACGGCGCGUGAUGUGCUUCAGGUGACACGGGCGCCCGUCAUCUUCUCCCACUCGGCGGCACGCCAGCUGUGCAACUCGACGAGGAACGUGCCCGAUGAUAUAUUGCGUUUGGUGGCCGAGAACGGCGGUCUCAUUAUGCUGAGCUUUGACCCAGAGGACGUGGCCUGCGGACGUCAGGCGCGAUUGCAGGAUGUAAUAGAACAUAUUAAAUAUGUGCGAGCCAUUGCUGGAAUUCAACACAUUGGCCUGGGUGCCGGUUACGAUGGCAUUGAGAUGCCCCCGAUGGGCUUGGAGGACGUAUCCAAGUACCCGGAACUGCUGGCUGCGCUGUUAGAAGAUCACAACUGGAGUGAAGAGGAUGUUGCCAUGCUGGCUGGGCGCAACUUUUUGCGCAUCAUGGAAACAGUAGAGACGGUGCGCGACUACUGGAAGCGCGCCGCUAUUCAACCAAUCGAGCAGACGGAGCCGCAACCAAAGACACAAUGCACGUACAUGUCGUCGUGACCACUGCCGCAGGCGGUGAGAACGCGCCGCGAUGAGCCCGUUACCGUGUCCCAGCUGGAGAGGGUCAACCCCAAUCACACCGAGAAGGCGUUAACGGGUGCGCAGCUCUGGCGUCAGCUAGAGCCCAUCGCAAAUCAAACGGAAAUGCGCCGCAUGGCAAUGGCGGCCACAGCCACAACAAUGGCAACCACUUUUGCAGUCAGUGGACUUUUGCAGUAGGCAGUAGUUAUUGCUCGAGCUUAACUGUUUGGCUGUCUGUCUGUCUAUCUGUCGGUCCAUUAAGCUGAAAAUUGAGUUCAAUCGCUCUUCAUUUAUUUAUUAACAUACGAUAAUAAUCCUCUGACAAUGCACAGGCAAAUGGAAGUUAAAAUAACUUUACGUUGACACAGCAAUCAAAACGACGAAUUGACGAUAUAAAUAAAAUCAAGAAGCAUAAAAAUAAGUAUGUAUUAUAAUAUAAUUAGUACGUUCAUACGUAGAAUACAAAUUUAUAUUCGGACUUAAUUGAAGUAGAGAUAUAUGUGGGUUUCACGUUUUAUUUAAAGGUUGCAAAUAAAUAAUUUGAUACGUAGGCGUACGGAGUCAGUGCUUAUUAUGUUUUAUAAUUAUAAUUUAAUUAAUUAUUAAUUGUAAGGAAAUUAAAAACACAAAAGAGUUAAAAUACCAGUGGCUAAAACAUGUUAUACAUAUUUUAUGUUUCCAUGGCAAGACCAAAAUAAUUAAAAUACACCAUAAAAACAUGCAAUCGAACAUUCGGUAUAUACAUAUAUUUAUAUAUCCAGUGUGCAUGUUUUUCCUAAAUUAAAUUAACCUUUAAAGCCGCGUUUUUUUGCGCCUGAAUAAACAUGGUUAGAAUUACUAAUAAUAAAAUUGUAAACUAGUAUUUGGUUUAGUUUUGACCGUUAAAGUGCAUCCAAAAAUAACGCAUCAACGAGUUUUUUGAGCGAGCGAUUUUUUUUUUAUUGCGAAUCCCGAUGCAACUUACUGCAUUUGCCAAGUGAAUGGACCGCUAGCACUUUGCCACUGUAUUAUACUAUAACAAUAUAAAUUUGUCAUAACAAAUAAUACAAUAAUAAUCAAAUACAGUUAUUUGCAGCCCUCAAACCCCAGAACUUUUAAUUAUAUGUCACUAAGUAAAAAUAUGAAUGCAAAAAUAAUUUAUUGUCGCACAAAUGUGAAAUGUGUAAUGGCAUUUAAUAUUACAGGAUUAAAAUAAAAACACAAAAUAUAUAAAUUAAAAGUGUUUUAUGUGUUUGUACACUAAAACACA